UUGUUUAUCGCGAGUCAAUUGCCCACUAUUUUGAGCGACGGACAUACCCUACGCACCUGUUGGCUGAUGUAGUAGAAGUUCGCAAAUAUCAACAUGCUUCAUGAUAGAAUUAGAAAGCGAAACUAAAGAUAUCUUCAUUUUGGCUCUGUUUUCGCAUCUUUUGCCUAUCUGGAACCUGAUUCGAGACGCAUCAAUCCUAGUCGUGAUCCUUCUACUUGAUUCUAUAUGCUUUGAGUGCUAGACCUAGAGGGCUCGAAGAAAUGGUGCUCUGCUGCCCUUGCGGGCCCAUGUGCCUGCCGCUGCUGCUUGUCUUUCUACAGCCACUGUGGAACAUGCUGCCGGAGGAGAGUGUGAGAAAGCCUAUUCUCGGAUUCUGGAACACACGGUGUUACCCGUUUUUCGUCUUACCCGUCGUCUCCAAAUUACCGCAGUGGAUGCAGAAGUGGUUUGGGGUAGUGCCUUCUGAAUCAAAAUCAGGCGGAGGCUGUUGUGCAAAGGGAGCAUGUGGCGACACAAAAGAGGUAGAACUGAUGCCAACAACAGACGGGGGAAGCUCUUCUGGAAGCGAUUGUUGCGCUUCACCGGGAAAAGCAAAGGCAUCAUAGCAUCCACUGGGAAAUAAUGGGUUUGAGGACUGCUUGCGCUGAUGGUCUGCAUCCCCUUCAGCAAAGAAGAAAGCUAAAUGCAUCGAUCGCAUGUUGAAUUUGCGAUCGUGAUCAUCGAUACUGAUUAUCUUUCCGGAUAGUAGGUCGUCACCGAUAGAGA